CGCCGUGUCUACCGCGUCCAUCAUGGAGAGUCUGGAAAAGCAGCUCAUCUGUCCCAUUUGUCUGGAGAUGUUCUCCAAACCUGUGGUCAUCUUACCAUGUCAACACAACCUCUGUCGCAAGUGUGCCAACGACAUCUUCCAGGCAUCCAACCCCUACCUGUCAACCAGAGGUAGCUCCACCUUGUCUUCAGGAGGUCGCUUUCGCUGCCCGUCCUGCCGCCAUGAGGUGGUUCUGGAUCGCCACGGAGUGUAUGGACUGCAAAGGAACCUUCUGGUGGAGAACAUCAUUGACAUGUAUAAACAAGGAACCAGCAGCAAAGUGACACUACCGGCAAUAGAAAGAGUGGAGCAUCCCACUUGCGAUCAGCAUGAGAAUGAGAAGAUCAAUAUCUACUGCGUGAGCUGCGCCGCCCCCACGUGUUCCUUGUGCAAAGUGUUCGGAGCUCACAAAGACUGCGACGUGGCGCCUCUCGAAGAUGUCUUCGCCAAGAAGAAGGCCGAGCUGAGCGAGUGCAUCGCAAUGCUGGUGGGUGCCAACGAGAUGAUUCAAGCCGUCAUCGCUCAGGUGGAGGAGACGUGCAUUGUUGUGGACGACAACGGUCGCAGACAAAAAUCAAAGGUUUGUGAGUCAUUCGACCACCUCUUUGCCGUCCUGGAGGAACGAAAAAGUCAGAUGAGCGUACGAAUUAACACCGAGCAGGAGGAGAAGAUGGACUACAUCAGGAGCCUGAAGAGAAAGUACAACGAACACCUGGAAAAUACCGUCAAGCUUGUGGAGAACGGCAUCCAGACCAUGGACGAGUCUGAGAUGGCUGUCUUUCUGCAGGCUGCCAAGCCGCUGCUGCACAAGAUCAUGGCAGGCUGUGACAUUUCUCACCUGGACAAAGUUCAGCCUGGAUACGAGAAGAUGGAGCACUUGACAGCUACCUUUGAGUGUCAGAGGAGGGCGCUGAUGAGCUUGGGCUUCCUGAAGCGUGAGGAUGAGGAUGGCAAUAAAGAGAAUAAAGCCGUGGAAGUCAGAAGGUCAAAAUUGGGCGGAGUAUCAGGACUUGCAGCCAAUCAUCAGCCUGCUCCAUCACAGACACACAUUGUUGGACCCUUAAUGCCCCCGCACCCUCCAACCUUACAGGCCAAAGUUCCUCCUACAGACAGCCAGGCUCCGCCCUCUUCCACCACACCUAUUGCUCCCACCUUCACACAGGCAUCAGGUGAUCAUCAGAACAACGUAAAUGACACAGACGACGUAAACAAACAUGUCUUCUCCUUCAGCUGGCUCAACCACAAGUGACUUCCUGCUACUCUUCAUCUUACUCUUUCUCAUUUUCUUACUGCCAUUUACUUUUCCCUCCUCAUCCUACUUGUCCUUUAUUUUCUUACUUAUGUUCAUGAAAUCUUUCUAAUUUUAUGUCAAUACAAUACACAUUUGUGUGUGCGCUUGUUUUAGCGUAUUGCAACAACAGACACCAGGUUAGAAUCAGACGAUUGGACGUAAAAAACAGACUCUAUUAAUAUUUCACUCAAUGUGAAUUCCAAUGUUUUAUUUUGAAAAGUGAUGCCAGCGGCUGCAGUGGGAUUGUGUACCAAUUUUAGCAUACAGUAAAUCCGAUAACAAGUAAAUACUUAUACUGAUACUACAAACCCCGUUUACAUAUGAGUUGCGAAAUUGUGUUACAAACGUAAUACCAAUACUUCCAUCCAUCCAUCCAUCCAUCCAUCCAUCCAUCUUCUUCCGCUUAUCCGAAGUCGGGUCGCGGGGACAGCAGCCUAAACAGAGAAGCCCAGCUUUCCCUCUAACCCUUUUUUGUAGUCUCUCUAUCGUGUCCUGGGUCUUCCCUGUGGUCUCCUACCGGUCGGACGCGCCCUAAACACCUUGGGAAGUGUUUAGGCAAGUUCUCACCCUAUCUCUAAGGGAGAGCCCCUCCACCUGACGAAGGAAACUCAUUUCGGCCGCUUGUACCCGUAAUCUCGUCCUUUCCGUCAUAACCCAAAACUUAUGACCAAAGGUGAGGGUAGGGACGUAGAUCGACCGGUAAAUUGAGAGCUUUGCCUUUCACCUUAGCUCCUUCUUCACCACGACGGACCGAUACAGGGUCUGCAUCGCUGCAGAUGCUGGACCAAUCCACCUCUCGAUCUCACGAUCCACUCUUCCCUCAAGAACAAGACCCCAAGGUACUUGAACUCCUCUACUUGGGGCAGGAUCUCCUCCUCAACCCGGAGAUGGCACUACACCCUUUUCCGGGCGAGAACCAUAGACUUGGACGUGGAAGUUCUGAUUCUCAUCCCUGUCCCUUCACACUCAGCUGCGAACAGAUCCAGUGAGAGCUGAAGAUCCUGGUCAGAUGAAGCCAGCAGGACCACAUCAUCUGGAAAAAGCAGAGACCUAAUCCUGCAUCCACCAAACCUAAUCCCCUCAACACCCCGAUUGCGAUUAGUAAAUAUCUGUCAAUAAAAGUUGUAAACAGAGGGGGCAAAGGGCAACCCUGGCGGAAUCCAACCCUCACAGGAAACGGGUCCGACCUACUGCCAGCAAUGCCGACUAAGCUCUGACACUUAUCAUACUGGGAGAGGACUGCCACAAUCAGGCCGUCCGAUACCCCAUACUCUCUGAGCUCUCUCCACAGGACUUCCAGAGGGACACGGUCGAAUGCCUUCUCCAAGUCCACAAAACACAUGUAGACUGGUUGGGCAAACUCCCAUGCGCCCUCAAGGAUCCUGCCGAGAGUAUAGAGUUGGUCCAGAGUUCCACGACCUGGACGAAAACCACACUGCUCCUCCUGAACCCGAGGUUCAACUAUCCGACAUAGCCUCCUCUCCAGUACACCUGAAUAUACUUUACUGGGAAGGCUAAGGAGUGUGAUCCCACGAUAAUUGGAACACAGCCUCCGAUUCCCAUUUUUAAAUAGAGAAACCACCACCCCAGUCUGCCAAUCCAGAGGCACCGCCCCCGAGGUUCACGCAAUGCUGCAGAGUCUUGUCUACCACGACAGCCCCACAGCAUCCAGAGCCUUAAGGAACUCCGGGCGGAUCUCCUUCACCCUUGGGGCUCUGCCACCGAGGAGCUUCUUAACGCUCUAAAUCUAAAUGUGACCUCGGCCCCAGAAUUAGGAGAGCCCACCGCAGAGUCCACAGGCACUGCUUCCUCAUUGGGAGACAUGUAGGUGGGAUUGAGGCGGUCUUCGAAGUAUUCUUUUCACCGAUCCCCAACAUCCCCAGUCAACAUCUGCAGCACACCGUCCCCACUAUACACGGUGUUGACAGUGCACUGCUUCCUCCUCCUGAGGCGGUGGAUGAUGGUCCAGAAUCGUUUCGAAGCCGUCCGGAAGUCGUUCUCCAUGGGUUCUCCAAUCUCCUGCCAUGUCCGAGUUUUUGCCUCGGCAACCGCCAAAGCCGCACACCGCUUGGCUUGUCCGUACCUGUCCACUGCCCCCGGAGUCCCAUGAGCCAAAAUGACCCGAUAGGACUCCUUCUUCAGCUCGACGGCAUCCCUAACCGUUGGUGUCCACCAGCAUGUUCUGGUAUUACUGCCACGGCAGGCACCGACCACCUUACGGCCACAGCUCCGAUCGGCUGCCUCGACAAUAAAGGCAUGGAACAUGGUCCACUCGGAAUCAAUGUCUAGCACCUCCCUCCUAACAUGUUCGAAGUUCUCCCGGAGGUGGGAAUUGAAACUCUCUCCUACAGGUGACUCUACCAGACGUUCCCAGCAGACACUCACUAUACGUUUUGGCCUGCCAGGUCUAUUUGGCAUGCUCUCCCACCAUCGGAGCCGACUCACCACCAGGUGGUGAUCGGUUGAAAGCUUCGACCCUCUGUUCACCCAAUUGUUCAAAACAUGAGACCUCCAUUUGUAGUGUAAUAAUGUCAUUGUCAUUUCUGUGUUAUUAAUAAUUACUUCACUAACUGCUUCUUUGCUAUCACUUUUCGUAUCAUUUUUGUACAUAUCGUAUUUGCUGAUGCUGUUCUGUUGUUGUUGUUGUCUCUCUGUCUUAUCUCCCUCUUGUCCCCGCAACUUCCCCCUCUGUCUUCCUUUUUUUCUCUUUUGUAUCCCCUGCUCCGGUCCGGCUGCGCCAAACAAUAAUAUAAAUCCAUUUAAUAGAGUCAGAUACAAAUAAGGCAACAAGAGAAGUAUCCCACACUUCUCUUUUGUAAAGUAAAUAUGUACAGAAAAUAUGGGCAUCUACAUCAACAAUAUGAUUUGCCUGAGUAGCUGGACAGGAAUAAAAUAAAUAAAUAAAUAAAAAUAAAUACAUGAGUCCCUUAAAUCCAAUGAUGCAACCACAACCACCAAACUGCGGCCUAAGGUGUCCUGGUGCCAAGUGCACAUAUGGACACCCUUAUGUCUGAACAUGGUGUUCGUUAUGGAUAAUCUGUGACGAGCACAAAAGUCCAAUAACAAAACACUCUCGUUCAGAUCAGAGCGGCUCUUUGUCCAAAUGUUGUGAUUGUGCCUUUAAUUUCGUGAUUGUAAUCAAAAUAAAACACAUUUUAUUACUAUACAGAUACAUGCAUUUCAAUUUUCAUUUUCAUUUUCAUUUCAUUCAUUUAAAAAAACAAAACAAAAACAAUAAACGAAUGAAUGAAAAGGAGCGGAAAGACGUAUAAACCUAUAACAUCUGCCCCCUAUUAACACAAAUACAACAUAUGUUGUUUAACUUAUAAGACAAUAAGGCCACAUUUCCACUGCACAACAUACAACACAACAAACAAACAAAAAUAAAACACAAUUUUACUCAACAUUAUAUGUUUUCAUCAUUUUGAUUUUUGCAUGUUUUUAUUUACAGAAAGAGAUUAACAUUGUUUCAACAUCCAGUUUGUUCUAACACCUUUGAU